AUGUGUUUCGGCAGCAACCUCAAAGGCGAGGACCCGUCGUCGCGGUUGAACGGCGACUACGAACCCAACUCCAGACCCGUUGACCAGAAGUCUUCAGGACAACUAGGAACCUCUGUCAAGAUGCCGAACGAAUACGCUCCUCCGCCAGGACCUCCUCCAUCGCAUACAGAAUAUUCUCCACCGUCUGGUCCUCCAGCAGGACAUUAUAACUAUACACCUCCUCCCGGUCCCCCUCCUAGCCACCACGACUGGCAAACGGCCGUUCCCGAUACCUCUCUCCUCCCCCCUCCUCCAUCAAUGGGCAACCAGCAAAGCCGUAAAAACAACGCAACCGAACAAGAAGCAGAGCAAGGAGAAACAUGGUGCCAACAGAACCCUCUCACACAACCCAUCACUUUCCCAGAAGCAGCACUCGAGGCCAUCUCCCAAGGAAACAUAGGACUCAUGAAACCCCGAACAUACCAAGGGACACUCGAGCGACCAAGACCAGGAGUCUGGGCCGGCAAGACAAAGACGACGUCUCCGGAUAGUUGUAUAUUGAGUACCGUGCCGCUGUAUUCUGUCAUGGCGCAGUCGCCGCUGCGGACUGGGAGGGGAAAGACAGCAUAUUAUGAGGUCAGGAUUGCGAAGAGGAAUAGGAGCGAAGUCUCUCUCGCUAUGGGCUUCGCAGCACCUCCGUACCCGACUUUCAGAUUACCGGGGUGGCAUAAAGGAUGUCUUGCUGUGCAUGGUGAUGAUGGAAGUAAAUACAUCAACGACAGGUGGGGAGGCAAGGAUUUCACAUCUUCAUUCAAACCUGGAGAGACGUUGGGAAUUGGCAUGCGGUUUACGAAAAGGGAUUUGAGUGCUCCUCCUGCUUAUGAUGAUGCUCGGCCGCAGACGCAGGCCCAGACGCCGCUUGAUGUGGAGAUUUUCUUGACGAGGGAUGGGAGCGUGGCGGGCAGCUGGAAUCUGCAUGAGGAGGCGGAUGCCGUGGAGGAUUUACCGGUCGAUGGAUUGGAGGGGUAUAAUGAUCUUUAUGCAGCGGUGGGGACGUUUGAAGGUGUGGAGUUCGAGAUUGUAUUCAAUGAAGGGGAGUGGAUGUACCAUCCAUAG